GUUACAGAUACACUGAAAACGAUACAAAAUGUUUCGUUCGAUAGCUACUGUCUUCAUCCUAGCCUUCGUAGCGCAGGCUACUUUUGCACUUAUUGAUUAUCCACGCGAAACCGUUAUUCUGAAAUUCACUGACCAAGAUCUUAUACAAACGAAUCCGGAUUCUUAUCCCGAACAACGUGAUAUUCAAACAAACCUGGGAACUCUUAGCACGGGUGAACAUGUUUCAGGUGAAAGAAUUUAUAAUUCCAUAUUCCAAUACUCGAAUCAACAUGAGAACCUUAUAUUGGUCCUACUUUUGAAGCUGCAAGUGGACGGAAACAUUAAUUUUGUAAGUGCCGAGAACAUAAAUGGCAGCGAAGCGGUUGUCUGUGAGACUGCAAAUACCUUAGGAUCGUCUGAAGGCAGCAUUCUCAUUCGAAUUGCACCAAGAUCCACCGCAAGAUUACGUGUGCUCAUUGGGACGCACUAAACUAUACUAACUCCAUUAAACAAUUUUAUUUUUCCUUAACGUUCGUAAACAAUAACUUCAGCAUUAUUUUAUUUCAUAUACAAAUGGAUAUAGGUAUUCUAAGUAGAAAUUUUAUGGCGCUAUAGGAUGUCGAAAAAAUAAACAUAUUA